AUGGUCUUCAAUGGGCUCCUCCGCUUCCGGAUUAUCCGCUCCCAACAGAUCAAGGAGAUCGCACUGAGCGGAGGACAUGAUCAAUCGCAACUUGUCAAGAAACAGACCCUCCUCACCAUCAAACAGCUUCCGCCAUGGUACGACCCCAACCCGUUCAUCUUUUCAGGAUACCGUCCCGAGAGCCGAUCCUACUAUAGCUGCCUCGCCAGUUGGCUCUACUGCCACAACGAAACGGGAAACAUCUACUCGCAUCUGAUCCCGGGCAUCCUGUUGCUUUCGGCCCAGGGCAUCCUGUACGAGUACAUCCGCACAAAGCAUGAGAACCUCUCCAACCUCGACUGGUCCAUCGUCUCGCUGCAGCUUCUCACGGCCUCAAUCUGCCUCCUGACAUCGACGACGUACCACACCCUGCUGAGCCAUUCCGCAGCCGUCGCGCACCGUUGGCUCCAGCUCGACUAUGUCGGGAUUAUCGCGCUCAUUCUGGGCGACUUCAUCAGCGGACUGCAUUUCGGGUUCUAUUGUAACCCGAAUCUGAAAUACUUCUACUGGUCGCUUAUCCUGGUCUUCAGCUCCGCAACCGCCGUGGCCCUCCUCAGUCGGCGGUUUAGGGGUCCCGAAUGGCGUUCGUUCCGCCUAGCCAGCUUCAUCUGCACCGGUCUCUCCGCGUUUGCGCCAAUCGGCCAUGCGUGCGUGCUGUGGGGCGUGCCGUAUCUCUGGAAGAUAGGCGUGCAGUAUUACCUGCUCGAAGGGUUGUUUCUGAUCAUCGGCUGCUUCUUCUGGGAGAGGAGAGUUCCUGAGAGUCUGUACCCGGGGGCAUUCGAUCUCUGGGGCCACUCGCAUACGAUAUGGCAUCUCUUUGUGACCUUUUCCAUUGGGGCUCAUGUCAUGGGACUUUUGCAUGCCCUGGAGUACAGCUAUAGCCAGGCACAGUGUCGCUGA